GCGAAUCUGCGGAGAGGAAAUGAAAAGCAGGAACCAGGAAGGAACCCACAUGUUCAGCCACCAGUGAAGCACUACACCCGAAGCAGCAGGAAGGUUUCAGUGUCUGCACAGCUUAGACAAGCUAAACAUAUUCCUGCUUUGACUACAUUUAUUUACUUUGUUACGCUCGAGGACAUUUUUCAGCAUGUCUUCGUUCAAGAAAGCGUGGAAAUCCCGACAGAAGAACCACCCUGAAAGAUCUCAGCCUGGUUUCAGGAAACAUUUGGGAUUGCUGGAGAAGAAGAAAGACUACAAGCUUCGAGCAGAUGAUUACCACAAGAAACAGAACACUCUUUCUGCUCUGCGAAAGAAAGCUCUGGAUAAGAAUCCAGAUGAGUUUUACUACAACAUGAUCAGCACUAAGCUGCAGGAUGGAGUUCACGUACAGAAAAAAGCCAGCGAGGAAGUGGAGGUGACAGAGGAGCAGAAGAAGGUGAUGAGGACGCAGGAUAUCAAAUAUGUGGAGAUGAAGAGAGUUGCGGAGGCUAAGAAAAUUGAGAGGAUGAAAGGAGAGCUCCAUCUUCUGGAUGCAGAAAGCAAACAAAAAAACAAGCAUACAUUUUUUGUAGAUUCCAAGGCGGAAGUGCAGUCAUUUGACCUGGCAAACCACCUCGACACAGCUCCUGAGCUGGUGGACAGAGUGUUCAACAGACCAACACUGAAAACUCUGGAGACUAAGAGCAUCCAUGGAGCUGUAGACCCUAACAGUAUGAAGAAGUUGGCCAAACAGAGGAAUCACCAGUACAAGAUCCUUUCCCAGAGGAUUGACAGAGAAAAGAAAAUGUUUGUCAUCACCCAGAAGAUUCAGACCCGCAAGGACCUACAGGAUAAGAACAAGAAGGUGAAGGUAAAAAAGGAGACGCCCAAUGCUGCAGCUAUCUACAAGUUUGAUGCCAAGAGGAAGCGCUGAGAGGGGAGUCAUCAUCAUGCUGAGAAGAAAUCACUAACUUUGCCAAUAAGAUAUUGGUAAAAUAAUGGACUUCUAGUUAACAACAUUGUCAACAGACAUUGGAUACAUUUCUUUCUCUCAAAUGUUGUUGCUAUGCAGUUUUGUAAAUAAUUAUCGCCGACUUUUAGUUUCUUUUGAAUAAAAUUCAGAACAAC